ACGAUAUCGAUCGUCUUAAGAACCAAAAGAAUAAUGUCUGAAGUAGAACAACAACAAUUAGCAGCAUCAUCAUCAUCGGCUGAAGAACAAAAAGAAGAGGAAGAACAAACAGCUGAAGAUGAAGCACAAGAUGGAACAGGUUUGAAAAAACAAAGAUUUAUUCCAGAGUAUUCCGAGACCAAGGAUGUUUGCUUUAAUGUAUUCAAGUGCAAAUCUCCAAAGUUUGAUGUUCGUUCUUUUAGUAUUUUGGAUAAGCAAUCAAUCUUUGGAUUUAUUUGCAAGCGUGAUGGACCAAUUGGAGGUAGUUUGUAUGUUGUCAGUGUAAACGGACAAUCAUUGAAGGAUGAAACAACAGAUAAGAGAGAAUUCAUCUAUGCCACACCAAAGCUUAAAUAUGCCUACAAUAAGUCUUUUGAUAAUUAUGUUGAAAAGUUUGAAGAGGAAGAAAAAAUUGAUUCUUAUUACAUUUCCGAAAAGUGGAAUGGAACCAAUAUUCUCUUGUUUAAAUAUCAUGAUAAGGAUGGUAAUGAAUAUAUCAGUGGUAAGACCAAGGGUAUGCCAACAUUGACAGACACUGAUUUUGGUAACUUUUUAUCGAGUACUUUAACUGCAUUGCAUUUGGAUCAAUUUAUCGGAAAGUAUGAAGAAUUGAGUUUGAGAGAUGAAUUGCUCAAGAUUCACAAUGAUACAGCCAAUCCACACUACAGUCCUCAUAUUCAAGAAUUUUUAAAUAAUCCAAGUGUUCAAUGCAUUUCAUUCGAAGUUUGUGGUAACACUCUUCCUCACUUGGUUAAAUAUGAAUUUGGAGUUGAUUUGAAGCCACUAUUCUAUGGGUUCUCCAAUGGUAAGAUCAAGCCAUGUAUGAAAGUUAAGGGAAUGGAAGAAUUUGGUCCAAUCAAGUAUUAUCCAUAUCAAUCCCAUGCCAGUUGUGUGAAAUUGUGCAAGAUGCUCCAAGCUGAUAGCUUGAAGAUGAAUGAAGAGUAUAGAAAGCAACACAAUCUUAAACACAAGUAUGAGUAUGAACACUUUGCCAUUGAAGGCCAUGUAUUAUAUUUGUUGGACUCUGAAGGUUAUCUUGUUACUCGUAACAUGUACAAAGUCAAGUCUGCUGAUGUCGAAGAAGUUCACUGGCAAAAAUUUGAUGAUGUCAAAAAGGGUCAAGUUAAAGAUGCUGUCUUGAAGAUGAAACAAAGAGGAUUAUCACUCACAGACGAAAAAGCCUUGAGAAAGGAAUUGGAUAUUGGAGAUAAAGAAUGGGGAAAGUUCUCUAAAGAUAUUCUUAACUAUAUUAAGCAACUUGGUGAUAAAUCCACACCUGUAGCAACAACAUCAACAUCAAAUGGAAAGAAACCAUCCAAGCAUCAUACUAAGGCUCCUGCAACACAAAAGGGAGCAUCUAGCUCAACAGAAAAGAGUGAGUCAACAACUAGCUCAGCUUCAUCUUCCACUGCUACCACUACAGCCACAACAGAAGGAGGUGAACAAAAACAACCAAAUAAGAGAAGAAACCAUCACAAAAAGAAGCAAGCAUUCGUAAAGAAGGAAGCUAAGGAUGAAUAAAUAUUGAAUAGUUUGAUUU